AUGGCCCUCUCCCCCAAACUCAUAAUCCUGCUCCUAGCAGCCCUAGCCCUCACCACCAUCCACCUCUUCACGAGAAUCCACCGCACCCUCCGCCACCGCCACCUCUCCCGACAAUAUGGCUGCCGCCCCAUCGCGCGGUCCUUCAACCGCGACCCGUUCCUAGGGCUAGACACCCUCCCCAGCAUGAUCCGCGCCAUCCAUGCGCACCGCAUCCUAGCACGGGCCCGCGAGCUCUUCAACCGCUACGGGAACACCUUCACAACCCGCGAACUGCAGCACCGGAUCAUCCUGACCAUCGAGCCCGAGAACAUCAAGACCAUCCUGUCAAUCAACUUCCAGGACUACGGGCUCCGCCACCGCACCGAGCCCUUCCGCCCGCUGCUGGGCCAAGGCAUCUUCAACAGCGACGGCGCACACUGGGCCGCCUCGCGCGCCCUGCUCCGCCCCAGCUUCGCGCGGAACCAGGUCGUCGCCGACCUCGCCGUGCUCGAGGAGCUCAUCCAGGAUUUAUGGAAUGUGUUGCCGCGGGAUGGGGCUACCGUCGACUUGCAGGAGUGGUUUUUCAAGUAUACGAUUGACUCUGCGACGGGGUUCUUGUUCGGGGAGUCCGUGCAUACUCUCCGCACGCCGAUGGGUCAGACCCAAAAAGAGGGGAUGGGGUUUGCGGAGGCGUUCCAGUAUGCCCAGAAGGCGGUGCUGGUGCGGGGUACUUUGGGUUGGUUGAAUGUGUUCUACCGCGAUCGCAAGGCGGAUGAGUGUAACCGUCGCUGUCGGGAUUUCGUGCGCGUGUUCGUGGAGGAGGCGGUGCGUGCGGUCGAGAUGCGCAAGACUGGUGACGAGCAGGAGGAUUUGGACGGGGUAGAAGGGGAAAAGCCCAAGGGCAAGCGCAUCUUCUCGCACGAGCUGGCAGCGCGCACAUCGGAUAAAGAGCGCAUCCUGGACGAGUUGAUGGCUGUGCUCUUAGCUGGACGGGAUACCACGGCUAGUUUGCUGGGAAAUCUGUUCUUCAUGCUCGCUAAGAAUCCGGCGAUCUGGGCGAGGCUGCGCCGCGAGGUGGAGUGCUUGCAGGGUCGUCCGCCGAGUUAUGAGGAGUUGCAGGGGUUGAGGUUUGUGGAGUGCUGUAUCAAGGAGUCCCUCCGCCUCCACCCCGUCGUCCCCCGCAACCAACGCGAGGCCAUCUGCGACACCGUCCUCCCCCUGGGCGGUGGCGACGACGGCCUCUCCCCUGCGUUCGUGCCCAAGGGCACCCUCGUCGCCUACAACCUUUACGCCAUGCACCGUCGGGCCGAUCUCUACGGGGAUGAUGCUGACGACUUCCGCCCAGAGCGCUGGGAGGACGGCAAGUUGCAACUGCAGCUGCGCUGGGGCUAUCUUCCGUUCAACGGCGGGCCGCGGAUCUGCAUCGGGCAGCGGUACGCGUUGACUGAGGCGAGCUACGUGCUGGUGCGCAUGGUGCAGGAGUUCCGUGGACUGGAGAGUCGGGAUCCCGGGCCGUGGGAGGAGAGUCGGGGGUUGACGCUGUGUUCGCGGAAUGGGACGCGCGUAGGGCUGAUUCGUUGA